ACUCGUAAGCAGCCAGCCCCAGAAUGGUGGAGAAAAUAAAAUUCCUAUUGGGGUAGUAUUCGACCAAAAUACAGAGGAAAUACAGAAUGCUUUCAAGUUUGCGAUGUUGCAACACUCCAAUAAUGCGAACAAAUCCAACCUGGACUUUCAGCUCUAUGUUGAUAUUAUCAACACGGCCGACGCCUUCAAACUGUCACGACUCAUAUGUAAUCAAUUUGCACGAAGCGUAGUUGCUAUGCUGGGUGCAGUUGCUCCGGAUUCAUUCGACACCUUGCAUUCUUACGCUAAUACCUUCCAAAUGCCGUUUGUCACGCCGUGGUUCCCCGAAAAGGUGAUCCCACCAUCUUCUGGGCUUAAUGACUAUGCUGUCAGCUUGCGUCCUGACUACCACCGCGCAGUCAUUGCUACCAUCACUCAUUACGGUUGGAAACAAGUUAUUUACAUCUACGACUCUCAUGACGGUUUACUGCGUCUGCAGCAGCUGUACCAGAGCCUGCAACCUGGCAAGGCAUCGUUCCGCAUAACAAACGUGAAACGAGUGUCCAAUGCAUCCGAUGUUGUGGAGUUUCUUCGUGCUAUCGAAAAACUGGACCGCUGGAGCAACAAAUAUGUUGUACUUGAUUCUACCACUCAGCUUGCAAAAGCCGCACUAAUUAUGCACGUACGGGAUGUGCACCUUGGCCGUAGGAACUAUCAUUACUUCCUAAGCGGACUGGUUAUGGACGACCGAUGGGAGAAAGAAGUUACUGAAUAUGGUGCUAUCAACAUCACUGGAUUUCGUCUACUAGAUUUUUCCCGAAAAGUAGUGCGUGACUUUAUUGAUGCCUGGAAAAGGGAGACUAUUUCCGCACAGGCUGCUCUUACUUACGACGCAGUGCAGGUGUUAAUUGAUGCUAUCCUUCGCCUGGUACGAAAAAAGCCCGAGUUCGUACGUGCAACCAUGCGACGUGCGAGCCAAAAUAAUACAAACAAAUCUAUGGACUGUAACCCGAAAAACAAAUUUAUUCCGUUUGAACACGGCGAGAAGAUAUCGCGUAUGAUCAGAAAGACGGAGAUUGUUGGAAUAACGGGCAACAUACGAUUCAAUGACAUAGGACACCGCAAGAACUUCACGCUUCAAGUUAUGGAACUGACCGAAGACGGUGACAUGGUAAAGGUGGCAACUUGGUCGGAUAAUAAAGGGUUCGUACCUGUCAUCCCUAAGAAGUUGGCCCGUACCAUAACUGGAACCUAUGAUCGCAAUAAAACUUAUAUUGUGACCACCAUCGAGGAACCACCCUACAUAAUACGCAAUGACCCCGAAGACCCCGAGUAUGACCCCGAAGAACCAUUCACUGGAUUUUGCGCAGAGCUCACAAAAAUGUUGUCUGAAAAAAUGGAAAUCAACUAUCAAAUUAAGGUGGUGAGGGAUGGAAAGUAUGGCAGUGAAAAUCCUAAGGCACCCAACGGCUGGGACGGACUGGUGGGCGAGCUUUUGAGAAAGGAAGCGGACAUUGCCAUCGCUCCACUGACUGUGACUUUAGAACGCGAAGCAGUCAUUGAUUUUAGCAGGCCUUUCCUGUCUUUCGAUCUUAAACCUACUAAGAAUACGGUGAACUCUACCAGUGCUAUAUUUAGCUUCCUUCAACCACUGUCCAUGGAAAUAUGGAUCUCGAUCCUCUGCAGCCUAUUCGCCGUAAGCGUGGUUUUAUUCAUCGUUUCUCGGUUUUCGCCUUAUGAGUGGCGUGUUGUCUCUUUCACUGAUUCUCACUCUGAUCAUUCGGAUGUAUCUACUACAAAGACUACCGUGGUGAACGAAUUUAGCUUUUGGAAUUCUAUGUGGUUCUCGCUCGGCUCCUUUAUGCAGCAAGGCAGCGACAUUAACCCCAGGUCCAUAUCGGGAAGAAUUGUGGGCUGCGUGUGGUGGUUCUUCGCAUUAAUCGUAAUUUCGUCAUACACAGCAAACCUAGCUUCAUAUCUGACUCUAUCUCGUAUUGCGGAACCAGGUGCUUCUUAUACUAAACUAGCUACGUGCCCCGAGGAUACUAUUGACGUUCCGAAAGUUAUACCAACAACUGAAUCUCCUGAAAAGGUUACGGACGAGCAUGGUUGGCUUGCCUUCAUUAUGGAUCGCCCAACUGCGGCACCUGAAGAUAAACCAUGCGAAAUGGUAGUUACUUUGACACAUUCUGGAUACAAGGACUUUGCUGUUGGUAUCCCUAAGGGAUCCCAGCUGCGGGACGGCGUAAAUAUGGCAUUGCAAUCCCUGAAAGAGGAAGGUGAGAUUUCGAGGCUGGUGCGCAAAUGGUUUACCAAAUCUGAGUGCGACCAUUCUGACAAUGACAAGGGAUCCGAGCUGACUUUGAGCCAAGUGGCUGGCUUAUUCUACGUUUUGGUUGGAGGUCUGUCUCUAGCUAUGGGUGUUGCCUUAAUUGAGUUUUGCCGACAUGGUCGCUCAGAGGCUGCUCGUGCCAAUGUACCGCUACGCGAUGCUCUACGCGCUAAGGCUCAUCUGGGCAACACUGAACGUAAGGGACAAUCUCAACGUGCAGCGCAACGUGAUAAUGAACGCCUUGGAUGGAACGGAGGAGCUUUCGGAAGCCAGUACUAUAGCCCGGCCAACCAAAUCGGCCAGGAGGAGACGGCGCUACAUUCCAGCUUCACACAAGUCUGAUCCGCAGCCCGGGAGGCGACGACUAUUCGUCGGCCAUCCCACUCCCGGAAGAUGUCAAGUUCAGUCGAGCUCUACCAAUUGUAAACAACCUGGCUAUCUCUUUGAAAACCGAUUACCUGCAUUGACCACGGACCUAAUGGCUUUUGCCCCUGUACUGUACCGGAUUCGAAAAAUGCUAAAUGAAUUGGCUUUUACUGAACUGACCACUACCGAUUUAAUGAAAUGAUUGGAAAACCCCCAAUAGGGUGAUGAUUAUGUAAAUAAAUUUAGAUAAAACUUCUGAAGUAAAUUUAAAUACUUUAACACGUAUAUUUUCUCUACGUUUUAAAGUAUAAGCUGAAUGAACGACACUAAUCUAUAUUUUCAUUUUCAUUUCAUUCUUAAUAUUAGGAAAAAGACUUGUAAGGAAGAAAAACGUUGGAUCUCUUUUUAUGUGUGUUUUAUUAGAUUGUAACGUGUCGUAUGUUUAAGUGAAUUUUACGCCAUCGUUGUUCACUGAUCUAAGGCCGCAACGCGAUAUGUGUGAUUCCUUAGGGAGAAUUUAAAGUAAUUUAAACGACAUUUUUAUCUAACUAACGCAUAUACACAUAUAAAUAUUACCCCUUCCCCACCCCAAUAUAUAUAACGUAAAAUUUUACUUAAACAUCAUUAAUUAUGAAUUAUGUUGGCAAUUUAGUUAUUUAAAAAAGCCUGGCGUGUUUUACAAAGUAGAUGAAUAUCAGGGUCUUAUAAUUACGUGUUUAGUAAGUAAAACUUUUUUAAUUAGGUGACAUAAUUUAAAAUCCUGUAAUUCUAAAAGUUAUACCAGGUAGUUAGAUAAAGAUAAACGUUAAUCAUGGCUAAGUUACCGCUUUAAGGGCGCGACGCCGGUGGUACUCCAGUUGUUGAAAUUAACGACACUGUUUGACUGCAGAGCGUACUAAAUAUUCGCAAGUUACGACGAUACAUUUUUAAUUGUCAUGGGAUCAGUACACACAAUGCUGUUAAAAAACGGAUUGUUACUAUCCCAACCUAUUAUUUCUGUACACAAAAUCUCACACUGGCAAACAUGUCCGUGUAAUUUAAUAUUAUUGAUCGUCAGUAAAACACUUAUUUUACUAAAAGGAUAAACAGAUGGGUAAAAAGAGAAGACGGACUGAUAAAACUAUCUUUAUAAUUCUAUUGACUAAACCGUAAAAUCCUUUAGGGCAGGUCAAUUUUACUUGCAUAGGUAUAACGAUAUGCCAGGGAUGAACAACGUUUACAGAUAUUGCUAACUAUACUGGGGCAUAUAUAUAAGUUGACUGUUAAUUGUGUCCAUCUCUGGGAGUCUUGCAUUAUUGAUGUAUAACAAGCAUUAGCAGUUAGAUAUUUAGCAGUUACAGUGAUCACAUGAAGACGUUGGCAUACAUAAUGAUCCUAUUACACGGUAACCGCUUUUGUGUCAUUCGUGUUCGGUAUGUUUUGUGCAAUACAUUCAUAAUCCAAUUUUCAAGUGUUUACUGUAACUUUAUAUUUUAGAAUUAUACUAUAAGCACAUGUAACCAUAGAUUUAAAAUCAAUAUAAAAUAAAUAAAUGUAU